CUGAGCAGCGGUGUCGUCCGCGUACGUAACGUCGUCUCGCUCGUUGUCACCGAUCCUGUUCCGAGUCCCGUGUCUCGUGUCGUUAGUUCUUCAGCAUCGUCCACGGCUGGUCUCGCGCCAAUUUACGAGAAAGAAGUGACCUUUCUGAAAGAUAUGAUUAUCCAUCCGUUUAAACCGGUCAAAUUUUAUAAAAAAUUUCGAAUCGAAUGUGACACGAGAGAGAAUGCCGAGUCUCAUCUUCUAGGCGCUCUUUCACGCCUUUGUCAAAACGUUAAUAAACAAUACGCUGAUCCGGCAAAACGGCUAAUUGGAAGGUUUGACUCGAUAACAAAGUCCAAAGUUUGUGAAGAUUAUUGGAACGGGGUUGAGAUCAGACAGGUCACUCAACGAACAAAGAAAAGAGCCAUAAUACAUAAGGCUCACAUUGAAUACAACGUCUACGAGGAGCACGACAGUGUCAGCAACGCCAUAACUAAUCGUUUGGAAUCGGACAAAGCGAUAAUUUCCGACUACAAAGAAAGAGAAAAUCCCGGUAACGAUUUGAUUGCCCACAACACCGUCAAGGCAUCAGCCUCGCAGGACAAAAUCGAUUCAAGUAUCCGAAAGCCCACGCGGGAAGCGACAAAUGAGAACAUUGAUGACUUCAAUAAUCAUAGGAUAGUCAUUGAUGUGAUCGGGCCCGCGAUUGAAGACGAGAUAGAUGCCGACAAGCCGCAGAAGAUGACUGACAAAGAGAUGAAGGAGUUCGAAAGCACUUACCGUUCUAUGGCCCAAAAUGCCAAAUGGGUGUUGAGCACAGGAAAAGUCGUCGAAGAUGAGCUAUUCUUAUUCGGGAAAAGAUGUAGAUUUGAGCAGCUGGUCGAAUAUGAGGCAGGCUUGUUUACAGCAGAUCAUCUUGAGGACUGGUAUAAUAUCCAUCUAUGGCCAUUCAUUGACCGAUCAUUGGAUGAUUUUGACAGGGUGGCAGCAAUUCGAAAGAAGAUAGGCAGACGUGGGGAUUUAAUCAUUCGAAGAGGGGAGUGUGAGUUUGGUGCAGGUGAAAAUGGUUGCAAGUUUGAUGGAGAGAAUGGAAGCAAGCUGUUGAGAGAGCAUGGUUUGAAGUUGCCGAAAAUGUUGAAGGAUAUAUUCAUUGAGCUGAGUCAAGUAUGCCAGCAUGAAGAAGCAAAGACCAGAAAUUUACAGACGCUGGGAUUUGUACAUUCAGGUCUGUACAUGAUGCUCUUGCUGCUUGACCAGCCAGCAGGAUACAUUUGUAGGGUCACAAGAUCAAAAAUGGAGAAAGUGUCAGAGGAUGUCUCCCAGUUUCCUGAGACUUUGUCUGUUCUCACAUUGACACUCAAGGCCAAGAUGAUUAUUAAGGAGAUCAUCUGCCUCUUGGAAGGAAGAACACCAGAGACCAACAAUGAGUUUAUCAAACAUCUACAGCAAGCAGGAUGUGAUGAUGUCCUCAAUACUAAGUAUAGUAUCCCUCUGUGCAAUACAACUCCAGUUAAGAAACGUCAUUGUAAUAACAAAUGA